AUGGAUUUGCUAGAAUUGGUUUCAUCAAAUAAAAUUUUUGGGGGUCUCCAAAAGGUAUUCUCCCAUCAGUCAACUGAGCUUACAUGCAAAAUGAAUUUUUCUGUUUAUUUUCCUCCGCAAGCGGAGGGUGGUGAUGUUAGACUACCAGUUAUUUUCUACCUAUCUGGAUUAACCUGCUCAGAACAAAACUUUAUUUCAAAAUCUGGUUUUCAAAGAUAUGCAGCGGAACAUGGAAUCAUUGUUGUGGGCCCAGACACUUCACCAAGAGGGGUUAAAAUACCUGGAGAUGAUGAAUCAUGGGAUUUUGGGGUUGCUGCUGGAUUUUAUUUAGAUGCAACAAAAGAUCCAUGGUCUAAAAACUAUAGAAUGGGAAGCUAUGUUAAUAAAGAGCUUUAUGAUUUAAUAUUAAGUGCAUUUGAGAAUGUAGUUGAUAUAGACAGAAUUGGUAUAAUGGGCCAUAGUAUGGGGGGUCAUGGUGCUCUCACUUCCGGAUUAAGAAAUCCAGGCCAAUAUAAAUCAAUAAGUGCAUUUGCUCCUAUUUGUAAUCCAAGUGCCUGCCCAUGGGGUGUUAAAGCUUUUACUGGUUAUUUAGGUGAAGAUAAGAGUAAGUGGGUGGAAUGGGAUGCUACCGAACUUGUAAAGAAGUAUGAUGGACCACUACUUACUCUUCUAAUUGAUCAGGGUGCUGCUGAUAACUUCUAUAUCCAAAAGCAACUUAUGCCAGAAAAUCUUGUUGAAGCAUGCCGUUCAGUUGGAAUGCCUGUCAUUUUGAAUUUACGCGAGGGAUAUGACCAUUCCUAUUAUUAUAUUUCCACUUACAUCGGUGAACAUUUUGAUUUCCAUGCAAAAAUACUGAAGGCAUAA